UCUCCUUGUUUCUGACAUCAUCAGAGCAUGCAGAGAAGAAGCAGAAAGAUGCUCUGAAGUGUUUCUGCUGCUGGAGUCGGAAAUCGAGCACGCGGGAGACGGACGGACCUUCAGGUGUGACGUCAAAGCAAACAGCCAAUGAGAACGGUUGCAGUCCUCGGAGGGGGGAUCGGGGGUCUGGCAGCUUCGUACUACCUCAGCAAGAGCCCCCAGGUUACCAAGGUCAUAGUUUUGGAGUCCAGCGGGCGGUUCGGGGGCUGGCUGUGGUCCACCAGGAGGUCUGACGGGGCCGUGUUUGAACAUGGACCUCGAGGGAUCAGACCUGCGGGGGCGGUGGGACGAAACACUCUGAACAUGGUGGAGGAUCUGGGCCUCGCAGAUGAAAUUCUACCUGUGACCUACAGCCAUGUGGCUUCCAAGAACCGGUUCCUGUACGUGAACCAGCAGCUGCACAAGAUGCCUUCAGGGCCCGGCGGACUCGUACAAACCGUCCCUCCCUUCUCCCGCCCCCUGCUGUUGAGCGUUGCCAUGGAGAUCCUGAGGAAGAGAGGGAAGGAGGAAGACGAGUCGAUCCACUCAUUUGUGUCCCGGAGGCUGGGAAACGAGCUGGCAGACAUAGCCAUAGACAGUCUGUGUCGUGGUGUGUUUGCAGGCGACUGCAGGAAGUUGAGUGUGCGCUCCUGUUUCCCGGUCCUCUACAACGCGGAGCAGAGCAAAGGUUCCAUCGUGUUGGGGAUGAUGCUGGGCUCAGGUGGGGGUCCGGUGGUCCCUCCCGGUCCUCUGGCUCAGAGGUCGGCCAGUGAAUCGUGGGCUCAGUGGUCUCUGACUCGAGGCGUGCAGGCUCUCCCCGAGGCGCUCUCAGAGUUCCUGCAGCAGAGCGGGAAGGUGGAACUGCUCCGAGACACGACUGUGACCCAGAUCAGAGCGUCAGGGAGCGGCUGGACGAUCCAGCUGGAGGAUGGAGUCGUGUCAGCUGAUCACAUCCUCUCUGCUCUCCCCGCUAAAGCUCUGUCCUCAGCCCUCCCCCCCUCCUGUCAGCCAAUCAUCAAGCUGCUGCAGGACAUCGCCAUGGUAACAGUCGCAGUGGUGAACCUGGAGUAUGAGAAUAACAUCCUGCCUGUGACGGGUUUUGGUCAUCUGGUCCCUUCCUCAGAGGAUCGGGGUCUGCUCGGUGUGGUCUAUGACUCUGUUCCCUUCCCUGAACACAACAGACCUGAAGGACUCACCACCAGACUGACGGUGAUGAUGGGAGGGGCCUGGUUCCAGGAAGUGUUUGGGGACCCAGAGUCAGUUUCAGAGGAGACACUCCUGAGGAGAGCCACCGAGGCCGUGAAAAAUCACCUGGGGGUGAACGCAGCCCCGAGCUGGAGCCGGGUUGUCCUACAGAAGGACUGUAUACCUCAGUACUACCUGGGACACCACCGGAGAGUGGAGUCCAUGCGCAGCUUCAUAAAGGAGAACAACCUGCCACUGUCUCUGAUUGGCUCCUCAUAUGACGGCGUGUCAGUGAAUGAUGUCAUCUUUAGUGGACGCAGAGAGGUGGAGAAGCUGCUUGGAGCGUGACCUCUAUGUUUACAGAUUCUCUCUUAAAGCAUUUAAACAGAUUUACUGUGUGCUCUCUCAGCGUCUGACCUUAAAUAAGCUAAUGUCUCUUUAACGCCAUCUGAGUGAUGAUCGUCCGUCAGGUCUCUGCUUCCUGUCAGGCCUGCUGAACAGCUGUGAAUGUAAACAUCGUGUUGAUGCAGUGUCGACUUCUUUGAUUCAGGGUCGCUGUAUAAAGUUCAGAUUGUUUUAUAAAUAAUUUAAUAAAAAAUGACCACACACA